CUCGGUUAAUCAAAGGUGAUUGAAACGCUGUGAAAGCAUGGCUUGGAUGGUCAACAAUCGAUGUCUAAAGCCGACUAGCUAGAUAUCUACUAGCUAGCCAGCAAGUAUGUCAAGGCUUCGUUUUGUCCAUAAACGAAGAAAGCGGGAAGAAUGUGAAUCGUAAGCGCAUGACCGUAGCAAACAGUGCGGCAAGCAAGAUGGGCCUUGUAACAGACUCUGGUUCUCUCCAAGGGUUCUGGAUGCGGGAGGCCAGCGCAGUGAGUGCAAUCCAUGGCGGACGAGCGAGUGAGGGGUGGGGAGGCCCCCAAACCCGGGCGGCUGGACACAGGAGAGGGCGACACGGAGCCCAGCAUGCUCCUGCAGAAACUCAAGAACAACAUCUCUAAGAAUGUUCAGGGCAAAGUCGACAAUAUUUUGCAAGAUGUUCAGCGCUUCUCUGACAACGACAAGCUCUACCUGUACCUCCAGCUACCCUCUGGACCCAGUGCAGGGGAAAAAAGUGAUGCCAGUUCCCUGAACAUGGCUGACCAGCUGCUCACCUGCAACUGGAUACGUAGUCACCUGGAGGAGCACGCUGACACCUGUCUGCCCAAGCAGGACGUCUAUGAGACCUACAAGCGGUACUGUGAUAACCUACAGCAGCGACCACUGAGUGCAGCCAACUUCGGCAAAAUCAUCCGUGACAUUUUCCCCAACAUCAAAGCCCGGAGACUGGGAGGAAGAGGACAGUCAAAAUACUGCUAUAGUGGGAUUCGUAGGAAGACAAUCUUGAACAUGCCCCUGUUGCCUAACCUAGAUCUGAAGAAUGACCCAUCGGAGCUGACAGAACUGGUCCAGACCUAUAAGCAGGAAGUGACUGAGGCAGCAUGUCAGCUGAUUUGUGACUGGGCACAGAAGAUUCUGAAGCGCUCCUUUGACACGGUGGUGGAGAUUGCCAAAUUCCUGGUGCAAGAGCACAUUGUCAACCCGCGUUGCAGCCAGGCUGAACUGGUCACUUCUGCUGAUCUAGCUGGUGGGCCAGCAAAGCCUCACAAAGUGAUCAAGAAGAGCCCUGCUCCGCCCAAGGCAGGUGCUGUGGAGGGAGAGGGCAGUGGCCGCGAUGCCAAGCAAAAAGACAAAACUGAAGGAGAACAGGCCGUACAUGGAAAGACGCCUCCCAGCGGUGAGAAACCGGCCAAAGAAGUGGAGGGUCGCAACCAACAGGUGCAGAAUCUGAUCAAGCACCUGCCCAAGCUGCUCCCUCGUGGGUCAGUCCUAGACAACAAGUCCUCGCUCUCGGUGCACCCCUCCACGACGCUUCUAGCGCCGAAGGACACAUCAGCAUCGCCCCAUCUUCUGCCAAUCACCGUGACAACUUUGCCCCAGCAGAAGGGAACUCCGCUUCCUGUUAUGAUCCUCCCUUCCACCAUGAGCCUGUCCUACAGCGAGCGCGAUAAGGCUACAGCGGCAGUGACGGUGGCUACGUCAGCCGCGCCCACGGCGGUGGUCCACCGAGCACGCAGUGCUGCCCCGAAACGUCCCGUGUCCGAACCACCAGGCGUCGCGACGGACGUGCCUCCCAAGCGCAAGAGGGGUCGACCCAGGAAGCCCCGUCCAGAAGAUGCCGUUGUUCAGCAACAGCAGCCAGUGGCGCCUCCUCCGGCUCCGUCCAGCUUGCCGCUGGCUCAGACGACCGGUGGGGUGAUCCAGAAGGCUCUGGCCUCGUCCUCCUCGUUCUCCGCCACGCCUUCUUCUUCCUCUCAGCUGCUGGAGAUUGUGAUCCAGGAUCAGCACCAGCUGGUGCUGGGCUCGAUUCCCUCGACCCUCCAAGAUGCCACGGCGUCUGCCCAAGACCAGAGGGCAGGCGUCGUGGUGCAGUGCCAGUCUGCCUCUGCACCCCUGCUCGACACUGAUCCUCGGCCCGUCCUGCUCCUGCAGAGUGCCCCGACUACUCCGAGCCGAUCCAUGGUGAUCCAGAGGGCACCUGGGGGGCAGCUUCCCCCUGCAUCCGAAAACCGAGUGCCCGCUUCAAACCCACUCCUAGCUCCUGCUCUUCCUCCCAUGACUAGUAAAGAGGAAGACAGAGAAGUGGAGAUCACCCUCACUCCUGUGGAUAUGUCUGAAACCUUUGCACCCCCUGAGCCUUCUUCUGUCCCAGGCAGCAGUGAUCAGUCACAGGGGGAGAGAUCCCAAAGUGAUGACCCCUAGCCCAGGCCCCCGUCCCGACAAGGGAAAGGUGAGUGGGGUGGUUGUGCAGUGGGAGGCCACAGAGACUGGUCCCCCCCUGCCUCCCACUGAAUCAUAGGAGCUCAACAUCGCCAGCUCCCCGUGACUGUUAGAUCCAUCUGCGUUUGAUAGCUUGUCAUGCCACUAAUUAAGACUGUGUCUUGGGCCAAGACAAAUGAUUAAUUAGUCGUUUGGACUUUUUUCAUGAAUGACUGGAACAUACUCCUGAGGGAGUGGUCCAGUGCCCCAUUGCUAUACUGUGAUCUCCCAUCACAUCUCUCUAUUGACCGCCUUUGUACUUCCUUACUUAGAAAUGGUGGAAGUCCCUAAAUGGUGCCUUUCUAGUGUUUGAAAAAAAAAAAAACAAGGCAGCCAAUGGGAUCAAUGAAGCCAAAACAACUGACUUAACUUACCAAUAGACAUUCAUCAACUCCAUCAGUGCUUGCACUCAGUACCUAAGGAUGAGGUUACUGUAUGUCUGUGUGUGUAAAUGUGUGUGUGGGAGAGUAUGUGGGUGUGUGCGGUUAGCGUUGACGUGAUUAUGACAGCAUGUUUGUCUACGUGGCUAAGGAUUUUAGGUCUGGUUGUGUUCCUGUGCUUGAGUGUCUUGUCUAGGUGGCAAGACAUGGAGGAUGAGGGAUUUACGGGUCUGAACCUCUCAGGGCGCCAAGUGCUUCUUCUGCCCCCCCUGAACAUCUCUUUUUUCAAGCUUUUUUUAAUUUUAGGAAUAUUAUUUUGUUAUGAUUAUAAUUAUUAUGAUUUGUUAUUUGAUAAUUAAGCGCUUCACACCUUCUUACGAGUAGUUAAGGAGAUUGUCUGAAAAAUCAAGACAGACGCUGUCCCUGGUUGUUGUACACUAAGCCUUAUGGGAAGUCUUUCAUAUAUAAUCCGAUAUGGUGCUUUGAUAUUAGCACAUCCCCAUGUCCCUCUCUGUCAUCUGUUUGGUUGCACUCUGGACAGAUUGGGUAGAAUCUCGCCUGGUCACCAGUAAACUGAACCCAACAUCAGCACUUACCGGGGUCUGUCGAAUAUGUGCAAUUCCAACCUGUCAGGUCAUUACGUUGCAAAUGAGAGAUUACUUUAAAAUGUCUGAGAUUUGUUUAGCUCAGCUGUGUGUAGAAUGUCACUUAGGAAGAAAAACAACAUCAAAGCACAAAACCUGAGUGACUUAGAUAAAAGUAGAUAUUAAAUUAGACAAGUUAAAAAAUAAGUAAUACGCAACCAGUGAAAGAGGAAAUGGUCAGCUUGUGGGAUGCUAGUGCUUCAGCCUCUUCAUGGCACUCCUUUUCUAGAAGAGCAUGUUACCUUAUAAACCCGCAGUUAUCAGAGUCUGGAUGUUAGCAACUACAUGGAGUUCAGCUGCUCAUCUGAAACUUUCACCCACCCAUUUUGAAAACCACAUUUUCUGAGGGAAACUUCUGAGGGAAACUUUCUGGAAUGGCAUUGAACACAAAUGAGGGGGUUUCUCAUACCACGUAUUUACUAAAAGAAUCCGUUUUAAUUUUUUCAAGGCUGAAAGUUUCAUCCCAAAAUGUCCAAAGUACCCUUCAUGAGUGGGUUCAAAACUGAACCCUUAAAAGUUCCUCUAUCUUAAGGGGUUAAAGAAAACCUUGUAGGUUGUGGAAGGCACCAUUUUUUCUAAGAAGAUAGCUGCCCUCUACGCUGGAAGGAUGCCUCUUUGGAAGUUAACCCAAGAACCUUGCAUGUCCAAAAUGACUGAAUGAAAUAUCAAAUUAACCCUGUAAUCUGGCAAAUGGGACUUUUGGCUGAGUUUGCGAAAACGUUUUUGGGAACCAGGUUGCAACUAUAUGUUAGGCCGGUGAAAUUGUCCCACCAGGAGGAUACAAACAUAAGAGAAUACUAUUUUAGUCACACUGAUCUAAAUUAAGUGUUCUGAAGUUCCUGACCAUCCUGACGUUGAAAAUCUGAUGACCAGGGUAAACAUCAUGACUUAGCCAAACAAAAUAGUCUGCUAGGUUCUGCAGUAGCCAUACUCCUUUUCCUGUCUUGUGGACCUAAGGUCAUAGAACCAGAAUAGGAAACCUAGUAAACCGCACUGUACCACGGUGACCUGUUGCCCUUGUAAAAUGGUCUGUCAAAUGGCCAGUUAAAUUCAGAGUCGUUGCCAAAUGCCACAGAGUUUCAAGGUGAAUCCAUGCAACAAAGGCUCGAGGCACACUGUAGUUAGCACUAAACAGCUGAUUUCUUGCUAAUUUGACUGUUUGAUUUUGUGUCCUUUAAUGUUGUGUAUCUACAUGGCCAAAAAAAGAAGGUGGUGCAAGUCUAUAGACCUCAGGAAGGAGUUGAAUAUGGAGAUAGCAAGUGAUUCGAGGGAAGGUGUAGAACACGGAUGUAGCAAGUGAUCCGAGGGAAGGUGUGGGAAGGCUUAAAAAUGUGGAUGGAUGUGGAAGGGUGGAUCUGGGAAGAAUCUUUGGGAAAGUUCAUGACAGUUGAGUUGUAUGUUGUACUCGAUGUGAAAGGGAAAUGUUUGUCAUUCUCUCAAGUGAAUGAACAGUCAAAGUUAAUUAAUAUUUAUGUGGGGAAAAAAAAAUAGUUAUGCAAGUUUGCACAAAACCUGAUGGAUUAAAAUGGAUUUUGUUUUUUCAAAAUAUUUACAAGGAUAAGAAAAUAUUGAUUUGAGCAGAUAUUGGUUUACAAAAAAUGAAUUGAAAACUAAUGCACUUAUUAAUUAUUCUGGUGGAAAUUCUAUUAAGUGGAAAAUAGAGGUGAUUAUUAUAGAGAAAUACUCCACAUGCAUUUUGAUAAAUGUAUUUAUACAAAUUAGGGCUGUUUGCAAUGUAAGGCUACGUAUUCCUUCCGGAAAUGGUGAUUUAGUAGAUGAGCUGGGAGAGGCAGCAUAUGUGGCUGUGUAGGAUUGUGCUUGGGAUGGCUGUGUAGGAUUGUGCUUGGGAUGGCUGUGUAGGAUUGUGCUUGGGAUGGCUGUGUGUGGAUGAGAAUGGCUGACUGAUAAUAAAGUCACGGAAAUUACACUGUGGAAGCCUCUGGGCUUGCAUGAAUAUUAAAAACAAAAGAAAAUAAAACAAGACAAAAAAACGGGUCGCAUUAUCAAAGAUUAUGAUCGUGAUCCGGGUAGCGGUGCUCUGGCCUGAUUCCCAGGCAAUCUGAACCGCAUUCAAAGUCUGUUUUUAUGUUCGUCUGUGUUAGCGGUGCUAAUUUUUGUGACUGAUGCUAAUUCCUCCAAGCGUGGCACCGGGGUUGUGGUUGCAUUCCCAUGCUGUAGCCAUGGAGACCAACAUGGAUCACAAUACUUCAGAAAAAUAAAUCAUUUUCAUCUCUAUGCAUCAAGAGUCACGAUAAAGUGUAUUCACCCUCUGGUUUUCAUGUUUCCAAUUUUUGAUCAAACUGUUCUACAGCAUCAACUUUGACGUCCUUUUAAAAUAAUUUUUUAGAGUUUGGCUCAGAUGAGUAAUGCCCGAAAUUCAUGCAUGAUUUUUAUGGAUGGCUUAUUGUUUUAGAUUGUUAAUUUUCAAGAGUGGAGCUUGAGCUCAAUACUGACCAGUUGUGGACAUAAAACCAUGCAUGUCAUAUGUGGAUUUGAAUCUCUUGUCGGCCAGUUCUGAUCCAACAGUCUCUGUAGUUCAAGGUGAAUUGAUUGGUAUAAAGCAUGCAGUUUCUUGCCCCUUCAAUCCAUUCAAUACAUCCACCAUCAGGACAUUUUUGAAUUACAACAGUAAAAAAUUAUGAAAUAUUAAUUGUUAAUAUUAAUGAAUUUGUGUGAUAAGAUAUUGAGAAAUCCAAACUUAAUAUUUUCCAGUUGAUGGUAUCUUCAGAGAUUGUUGGGAGGAUGUCUUUAGUUUGCCACUAAUGUGGCCAACAGUGUGUGAAGUGGCUGGCACUGGAUUUCUAAUGGUGCAUAUGAACAGUUGUUUUAUGUCUGCCACUGGUCUCUAUUUAUUACAGAUGUGUUCUGUUUCUUCUUCUUUUCUAUCUUUUCUUAAGCCCCUUAUUUAUGUCUUGCACUUUAUGUUUAUAACCGACGUGCACAUGGAAAAAAAUAAUAAUCUGAAUUUGGUUUCAUGGAUAGAGCACCUUAUGUGUUGUCAUUUUGUAUGUGCAGCUGUGUAAAAUGUUACCGGUUUGAUUUUGUACUUCUUCAUUGUAUCAAAGUUAUGUGAUACUGGACAUCUAUGCUUCCUUUAAAAAGAAGAAAUAAAAAAUAAAUAAAGAAACAA